CCACGUGACCUGGGCGGCGGGCCGGGGGUCGCGAGCGGCGUUGCCAUGGUGCGGGCGUUCGUCCUGCUGGCGCUGGGCGGGGCGGAUCCCCCCGCCACGCCCGGCCACGCCCCGUCUAGCCCCGCCCCUUGCCGCCUCCUCUACGCUCGGACUUUCGGGACCCCCCCCCGACCUGGGGGACCCCCCCGGCAGCGCCUCCGCCGCAAGGAGGAGUUGCUGGCCGUGGCCAGGCAAGUGGCCUCCCAGUGCCAGCUGCUUCAAUCGUCUUUGGGGCGUCCGUCUUCCCCCCAGCUCUCCCAGCUCCCCGACGAACCGAUCUCGCUCCAAGACGCCCCGGGGGGACUUUUCCAGCUGCCCCCCGGGGACCCCUUCCCCGAACGAACGACGGUAGCCUGGCUGUCGGUUUUGGCCCUCGCCUUCGCCUUGGUUUGUGACCCCCAGGAGAAUCUAUCGUUGGCCGAAAUCACCCUACGCCGCCUGGCCCCCCGCCUGCUCGUCUCCCUCCGACUCCUCGGCCCCGGCGCCGACGUCCUGCUCCGACCCGAGACCGCCGACCUCCUCCUCGAUCGUCUCCUGCCCCACGGGCAGAUGCUUUUCCUCAACGAACGUUUCCUUCAGGCGAUGGACCGGGAGAUGGGCAUCAAAGCAUCCCGCUGAGCUACGGGCGGUACCCCCCUCCGAUAUUUCGGAGGUGAGGGGAGAGAGAAGGGAGGGAUCCGAGGUGGUCGCCAAGCCCCGGCGGGAUGGACAGGAAAAGCGGCUCAGGAAUAAAGAGCAAGGAGCCAGGAAA